AAACCAAAACUUGAAGAAAAAUAUCAAAAUGUAUUAAAACCAAAACUUGAAGACAAAUAUGAAAAUGUAUUAAAACCAAAACUUGAAGACAAAUAUCAAAAUGUAUUAAAACCAAAACUUGAAGACAAAUAUGAAAAUGUAUUAAAACCAAAACUUGAAGAAAAAUAUGAAAAUGUAUUAAAACCAAAACUUGAAAACAAAUAUCAAAAUAUAUUAAAACCAAAACUUGAAGACAAGUAUCAAAAUAUAUUGAAACCAAAACUUGAAGACAAAUAUCAGAAUGUAUUGAAACCAAAACUUGAAGACAAAUAUCAGAAUGUUUUGAAACCAAAGCUGAAGGACAAAUAUCACAAAAUAUUAAAACCAAAGCUGAAGAACAAAUAUCAAACAAUCUUAAAACCAAAGCUGAAGGUUAAA